AUGGACAAAUUGGUGAACUUCCUCCACUUCUUCCGGCUGCCUCUUCUUCUUCUUCUACUACUUGCACUCAUAUGCUCAAUAUCGCAUCAUGGCCAUGUCGCAGCCUCCAAAUCGACUGUCGAAUACCUUCCCGGAUUCCAGGGUCGACUCCCAUUUUACCUCGAGACCGGGUAUAUAGGAGUUGGGGAAGCUGCAGAGCUGUUCUACUACUUUGUGAAGUCGGAAGGGAAUCCUGAAGCCGACCCUCUCCUUCUCUGGCUCACUGGCGGCCCUGGCUGCUCUGGCCUCACCGGUCUUGCCUUGGACAUUGGAUUCUCUUACACAACAAACCCAUCUCUUGCUGAUCAUCCGAGUGACCAUGUUCAAGUUUCUCAAGCUGCAGAGUUCAUCAGAAAAUGGCUGGGAGAACACUCGGAGUUCCUGCAGAAUCCACUGUAUAUUGCUGGGGAUUCCUACGCAGGCAUUACUGUUCCACCCAUUGUCCAAAGACUUUCCAUUGGAAACGAGCGAGGCAUCGAGCCAAUGUUAAAUCUCAAGGGGUACAUACUUGGGAACCCAGGAACAAGUGGUGAAUUCGAUAAGAACGCCCGAAUCCCAUCUGCACAUGGAAUGGCGCUCAUUUCUGAUGAACUCUACCAGUCACUUCACAAAAGCUGUAAGGGAGAGUACCACAUAGUAGAUCCUACCAACUUGGAAUGUAAGAACAACUUAGAGGCUUUCUAUGAGUGUCUCUCAGGUAUAAACAUGUUUAACCCGCUGGAUCCACAAUGCAUUUUACAUCAAAUGCCAGUGGAGAUUGCUGCCCUAAGAAGAAGAAGAAGAUUGUUGCAGGACGAGUCUCGACUGUUAUCGACCAUCGAUCCGCCUGAACUCGACUGCAAGGUAGCUACUUAUAACUUCCAUUGUUAA